AUGUUUGUUGAUUAUUGGUCAAAUACUACAUUGUAUGGAGGAUAUUUUAAUGAAUGUGCACCGGAUAUAUGUCAGUAUUCAGUAAAUAGACGGCAUGGAUUCAUUGAGAUUGUAGCAUUAAUAAUUGGCCUCUUUGGUGGACUAUCAGCAGCAUUGAGAUUCAUUGUACCUUUUAUUAUUGAGACAAUAGCGCCAAAUAUUCGUAGAUUUAUUGCUCUGAAAUCCACACGUACUACUCAACUUGUGACCGACGAAACAACUACAGAAUUUUCUGCUAGUGAUCGUAUAAAAAAAUUGAUUCAACUCAUAAUACGAACAAUAGUUGAAUUAAAUUUAUUCGAAAGUAUUCCAUCGUCACAAAAUGAGAAUAUUAUUCGAAAACAACGUCAUUCAACUCGAGUUUAUAUUAUUUUACUAUUUACAAGUUCAUCGAUCCUUAUAUUUUUUACUUCAAUCAGAAUGCAAACAAUUAGUUUAUAUAAUCAAUAUCCAUCAACACUCAAUUGUCCAUGCAGUCAAGUUGCAAUACAGUAUGAUCAAAUUAUUCUCUCUUUGCAACCUGAAUAUCAUCAAAUAUGUUCCAGUGAAUUUGUCUCAUCUAAAUGGAUCAAUCUUAAAUUUUUAAAUAUUUCAAAUACGCGUACAUAUACACAUGAUAUUCGUUGUCAAUCUCAGAUUCAUUUUCAACUAUUAUCCACUCUUUGCUAUGCUGCUAUUCAGACAGUUGAAGAUAAUCUUCAAUCAUUCUAUAAAACAAAAUUUGUUUCUCAUCAACUUCUCACUUAUGAAUCAUUUCGAAUUCAAGUCGAUUUAAUAGCAGAACAAUUCAAAAGAAGAAUACCUGAAUCAUUUCAAUAUGCAUUGGAACUAACAAAAGCAAAUUUUGAACUCAAUAGAUUUAUUGUACCAAUGAAUGCAGUUUUUACUUUUACGUUUCAAGCUGAUGUAAGUCUUCUCACCAAUAUUGCUAACUUUUACUCUGAGCGUCCCGAUUGUUUGCCAGUUUGGUCCUCUGCAUGCGUAUGUAAAGCAUUGUCCAUCAAAGAAUGUUAUAGGUCGACAAGAAUAAUUGGCGAUGGAAUCAAUUAUAUUAUUCCAGGCAUGUUUGCUACAUGGUCCCCUAUUCAAUCUGUCUUAAUGUCUACAUUGGAAUGUUUAUAUAAUAGUUCAUGUCUAUCUCAAAUUAAAGCAUUUAUAGAUGAAACUGUAUCACCAACCGACUUCACUACGCUUAAGUUGUCAUCCGAAUCUUAUGCUAACAAUUCAUAUGAUAAAAUCGAAGAAUUGGCGAAUAAACUCUUUAUUCAAUCAUGGACUAAUAAAAGUUCAUAUGAAUCCUAUUUUAAUGAAUGUCAGCCAUUAACAUGUCAAUAUAGUUAUCAAAGUCGAUUAACUUUACUAUACAUUAUAACAACAGUUAUUGGGUUUAUUGGUGGUCUGGUCAUUGCAACACGUCUACUAGCACCAGUUAUUGUUAUGUUAGCGCAUAGAGUUUGGAAUUCUAUUCUUCAUCGACAACGAAAUGAUGUCAUUCCAACUGUACAAACAACAUCGUUAGAAUCAGGAAACACGGUCACAGUCACUGUUGAUUCUCCAUCAGUGUCGAAAUAUAUACAGUUAUACGCUCAAUAUUCAACUACACUCAAAUGUCCAUGUAGUCAAAUUGCAACUAAACGCGAUAAAUUUAUUCUUCAAAUCGAACCACAAUAUCAUGAGAUUUGUUCAAGUGUUUUUGUUUCAUUUAAGUGGCUCAACAAUUUAGAAUUUCCAUAUUAUAUCGUGAGUUUUGGGUAUGACAAUGAUUUUCGUGGUACAAUACAAAUGCAAUUUCUAACCAUAUCCAGGUUCUGCAGUCUAUCUCAAAAAAUAAUAAAUACAUCAUUAUCAACAUUUCGUCAAACAGACUUCGUUACUGCACGUGUUAUUUCACAAACUGAAUUUAUCGCUCAAACAAAAGUAUUAUUUGAACAAUUCAAAAGAACAACAUCACGACAAUUGAUGCAAAUAUUCAAAUUAGUUUUAGCAACAAAUCAUGGUAAUCAACUAGCAACCGUCUUUCCAUCGAACUGGGAUUUCAUUAUGAAAUAUCCCCAAAGUGCGCUGAUGGAUUUCUCUCAACUACCUGCAUUAUCUAUUCCAAAAACUUACGGUACAGACAGCUGUUCUUGUGCAAGAUAUGUCAACUGUUCAAAAAUUCCUGAUUUUGACUUAGAAAUAGCGGAUCGAUCAGUGAAACUAUCUCUUUUGGGAUUUCGUAUUGGUUGUUACCCUUUAAAUGCCCUUCUUCAAUCAAAUUUGUUGUGUCUUUAUGAUCAAACAUGUUUAGGUAUAAUGCGGGCAGGAAUCUAUUAUUCUAAACUUAUUCCAACUGAAAUACUUACAUAUUCUUCGUUGAUGGAACCAAAUACAACAAUCGAAACAAUACUCAGUAAACUUUUUGUUUCUCAAUGGUUUUAUAACUUCUCAUUUGAACGAUACUUCACCGAAUGUGCUCCGCAAUUCUGUCAAUAUUCCCAUUUGUUGAAAUUCAAUCAAGUCUAUAUAAUAACAACAUUAAUUGCUCUAUUUGGUGGUUUAACGAAAGGAUUACAUUUUGGAAUGUCUUAUAUAGCAAUAUUAAUAUUUAAAUUAUUUGAUUAUUUAAAACAGAAAAAUAAACACAAUAGUGUCGUGGUGCCGUAUUCAGAAGAAACAAAUGUUGCUGUGAUUGAUAAUACACACAACAGAUCCAAAUCUGUAUCAAUAUCAACAACGAAAACAAUUCAACUUCCUCUGGAUCCAAUCGAUGAGCGAACUAGGCCUUGGAUAACACGAAUAGACGUCGUAUAUUUAAUCGUUCUAAUUCUAUUGAUAAUAGCUGCAAUUGUGGUAACUUGUAUCGUUUGGAUUAAAGGUAAUGAAAAUGAAAAUUAUAAAAUUAUGUUAUCGGAUUCAUCGACUUCUCUUAUAACAAGUACCACAGCAACCGAACCGAUGACCACACUGACAAAUACGUGUUAUAUGACCUUAAAAUAUCAAACUCAAACUUAUCCUACUGGCUCUGAUCCGAAGUCAUUUAUUAUUAAUGAUUUGAAUAGAGAUUCGAUUCUUGAUUUAGCUGUGACUAGUUAUGUUGAUAACACAUUCAGCAUAUUGUUAGGAAAUGGAAAUGGGACAUUCCAAACACCACUACUUUAUUCGACAGGAGAUGAAACGAGACCAUGGGGAAUAGCAAGUCUUUAUAUCAAUAAUGACACACUGUUAGAUCUAGCUAUUGCAUUAACUGGACCGUUUCAAUUAGCUUUCUUCUACGGAGUUGCAACAAAUAUUUUAUUUACUCGUUCUCCUAACACGGUAUCUAUUGGAUUUAUUUAUAAUGAUCUAGCGGGUGAGAUAGAAACCAGCGAUUUAAAUGAUGAUGGACGUACUGAUUUGAUUGUUCUCAACCGUAGAACAUCUACGACUGAUAUAUUGGCAGCUAUACCACUGUGGAUAUUUUUUAAUCUCGAUCGUUAUCCUCCAUUUAGAUGGCCCACGGAUAUUUAUGUGCCAGAGUAUAAUUCAAUAGUCGUUGGUGAUUUUGAUAAUAACGGCAAACAGAACGACAUUGCUGUCUGUAGCAAUGGCCCUAUGAUGUUUACUUAUCUAAAUCUAACUUACACAAGUGAUGCUCCAUUUUGGUCUCAAAUCCAUUUUAUGAAUGGAGAAACAAGUUCAUUGAUCAAAGGAAUGUUCAAUGACGAUGAAUUCGAAGAUUUGGCAGUUAUUUCUCCGGCAACUGAUACACUGAAAAUUCUUCUUGCUCACGGAAAUGGAACAUUUAUUCAACAAAACUAUGCUACUACUACUCAUCCAACAAGUGUCACUCGAAUCAAUUUUAAUAAUGAUGA